UUAGCUCCUGCCAGGCUAGCCUGAGCGAUAAUGGUACAUGCUUCGAGAGUAUCUGCCACGUGGCCAAUCCGACGUGUUCCCAAGGGUUAGCGUGGCAUCUUUCGUGCGAAAGAAGAAAUCACCUUUCUUUGCGCGAAUCCACCGUUGGAUGGCGCAAUGUCCGCUUCAUGAUCCGUGAGACGGAUGAAGGAAGGUGACCGGAAUGCUGCUUGGGGGCGCAAAUCCAACGGCCAGCGUCGCGAAAGAGCAUCAAUCAUUCUUUCGCGCGAAAGAUGCAACCCGAACCCGUGCCGAAAGCACAGGGAGAGGCAUCCCCACCUCUCCGCCAACUUCUUAUCUCUUGCCAUCUCUUCUUUUCAACCCCCUUCCACCACCCCGCUCCUUCGCUUCUCCUUCUCCGCGCUUUCCAACCCUAAUUCCCUCUUUUCCUUUUUUUUGCCCUGUGGUCAGUAUUAUCAUCUCCAAACCCUAACCCUAAUUACUCUCUUGGAUCGGGUGGAGGAUUUGUAGCUUAAGGAGAGGAGAGGGUUGGUGGUGGGAGAGAUGACGAGGAGGUGCUCUCAUUGCUGCCACAACGGCCACAACUCGAGGACGUGCCCUAACCGCGGCGGGGUGAAGAUCUUCGGCGUCCGCCUCACGGAUGGCUCCAUUAGGAAGAGCGCCAGCAUGGGCAACCUCUCCCACCUCGCCGCAUCCAGCGCCUCGCCGCCCGACGGCCCGGACCCCGGCGCCGCCCCCGCCGCCGCUGCGGAGGGCUACGCCUCUGAGGACUUCGUCCAGGGCUCGUCCUCCAGCUGCCGCGACCGCAAGAAAGGUGUGCCAUGGACUAAAGAUGAACACAAAAUGUUUUUACUGGGCUUGCAAAAGCUUGGGAAAGGCGACUGGCGAGGGAUAGCUCGUAACUAUGUGGUAUCAAGAACACCUACUCAGGUGGCUAGUCAUGCUCAAAAAUAUUUCAUUCGACAAACCAAUUUGACUAGAAGAAAGCGAAGAUCUAGCCUCUUUGACAUGGUACCCGAUGAGGUCACUGAUCUUUUUUCGGAACAUCCAGUCGAGCCCCAGCCUACUCCAAUGAACUGUGAAGAACCAGAAAUGCAAUGCAGCAAACCACCGUCAGAACCUCCGGCCAUGGAUGAGGAAGCUAAGUCAAAGCAUUCUGAUAAUCCAGUUGUAGAGACAGCUGAUCCGGAGCCAGAGACCUUGCAAUGCAGUUAUCCAGUGAUACCUCCGGCUUAUUUCUCACCCUUUUUUCAAUUUUAUAUCCCUUGUUGGCCAGGUUACCAAACAGAUGCUUCAGAGAAGCAGGGACAUGAAAUUGUUAAGCCAACAGCAAUGCAUCCAAGGACUCCCAUAGACAUCGAUGAGCUUGUUGGCAUGUCGAAACUGAGCAUAGAAGAACCAAUGGGUGAAAGAGCACCUUUAUCACUGUCAUCAAAUCUGCUUGGAGGAUCAAGUAGGCAAUCUGCUUUCCAUGCUAAUCCAUCCACAAGGACUCAAGCAUGAAUUCUUGCACCAAUCAUAACCAUGCAGUCUAGGGAUCCGACUGUUCAUUUGGAGCUGCAAACUCGAGGCGUGCUCAGUGGUGACCAACCUUGCUGCUUUCCUGUUAAUACAAGAUAAAUUAACUGCAUACUGGACUGUUUAAUGCAGUUUAUAUGCAAGUGUUUUUCUGUGUAAUUUGUUUACAUGGUAGAUUAUAAUAGUGACCAACUUUUGUUCUUUUGAAGUAGUGACUGAUAGUCCUGACAGUUAGCCUUAGGACUUGUAGUACAGAUUUCACCAUUGCUGUUUAGUUUAUAUCCCGCAUCUAUUUAUUGAUAGAAAUGUUGAUUUUGAAGACCUUUUAUUGUUGGAGUUCCCAUGUCUAGCAAAGCAAAUCUUCCUUUAAA